AUGGAUGACAUUGUCCCGGCGUCCCAGCUGGAUCCAGCUGCUGCUCCCAGCUCCAGCCUUGUGGAGGCGGUGGACCUGGAAUGUCCCAUCUGCUACCAGGAGUACAACCAGCACAGCAAGAGCCCCCGGAUGCUGGAGUGCCUCCAUGUUUUCUGCACAGAGUGCCUCCAGAGGAUCCAGCUCAGCCCCUGUGACCCCUCCAUCACACCCAGUCAGCUCGUCCUCCCCUGUCCCCUUUGUCGCCAUUUAACCCCCUUGGAGACCGGGGACGCCCUCACCUUACCCUGCAACUCCCUCAUCCUGUCCAGGCUGCCCCGCGUGUCCCUCCGGACGCCCCCCGCCUCCAGCCUGGCCACGGUCACCCAGAGGGUGGUGCUGUCUCUGGAGGGCAACAGCAGGGACAACCGGCUCAUCAUCAUGCCCACCGUCAGCCUGCGGGUGCAGCAGAUGCACCCGGGGCGUCCGUAUGUGGCGGCGCCGGGCCUGGUGGGCGAGGAGGGGGUGGUGCAGCAGAGCAAGAGGACGCUGAUGUGCGUUCAGCUGCUGGCUGCCGUCUUCUGGGUGCUGUUUGUGAUCACCUGCGUGGUCGGCGUGGUGUUCGGACCGCAGUUCUUCAGAAAUAAGCUCUGA